GCUACAAAUAGACGCGGAAAGUUCGCUUUGAUGCAUCUACUGUAGUUAGAACAUUGCAGAUCAUUUUAUUUUGCAAGUCUCCGCUCAUACAGCUUUGCUGUAAACUUGCCUUGACCUAAACAUCCCCAAAACACCUCCUUUUUUUGUUGCUUUUUUUGCUUCUGACUGAAGCAAGCAGUCAAAGCGGCAUUACGUCACGAGAGUGUGGACUCAGAGGAAGACCACGAGGAUUUUUGGGCUGAGAUUUGGGACAGAGCCGAUAUCUGCUGUACAUCAGACUCUGAAGAAGAAGCACGCAGGAGGAAUUACUCCAGGAGAAACUACUGAAAUACUAUUGGAAAGAUGGAGUUUGAGGAAGAACCCUGCAGAAUGAGAGAUGAAGAUCCAGAGGAACAAACAGAUAAAGCUGGAAACAAUAUUUCUCAGACCAAAAAGAAUUUCACGCAAAAACGAGCUGAAAAAACUGGAGUCAAAGAUUCAAUCACCUGCUCCGAGUGUGGAAAAAGCUACUCGCGAAAAUACGAACUUAAACAACACAUGAAAAUUCACACCCGAGAGAAUCUGUUCACAUGCUCUCAGUGUGGAAAGGAUUUUGUUGACAAAAAAAGCUUGACCAGACAUCUAAUGGUUCACACUAGAGAAAAACCGUUCAAAUGCACUCAGUGUGUAAAGUGUUUCAGAGACAGAAGCGCUCUCAAAGAUCAUCUGGAUGCUCACGCUGCAGUGAGAUCAUUCAGCUGUGAUCGCUGUGAUAAAACAUUUGUCUUGGCAUCACACCUUAAAACACACUUUAGAGUAGUUCAUGCUGGUCUGAAGCCUCACAUUUGCUCUCUUUGUGGAAAGAGUUUUGCUCGACCGUACUCAUUAAAAGAGCACCAGAAUAUUCACACUGGUAUGAAACCUUACAUAUGUGACUGUGGGAAGAGCUUUACUGCACAAAGUAAUUUAUUAGAACACCAGAAGAUUCACACUGGGGAGAAACCUCACAAAUGCUCACAUUGUGGAAAGAGUUUCUUUUUCUCAAAGGCCUUGAAAGAUCAUGAGAGAGUUCACACUGGAGAAAAGCCGUACCAGUGCUCUUUAUGUGGGAAGACUUUCGCUCACUACCCCAAUCUGUUUGUUCACAAGAAAAAGCCUUGCCCACCGGUGUUUAAGUGAGAGAAACAUUUGUGUAACUGGCAAAAUCAGUCCAUCAUAUAU